CUCCACCAUUGAGACCGCCGCAUAGGGCGUCUCCUCCCCAAUCCCAAUUAACCAAACAACCCUUCUUCCGCCGGAAUCUAUCGUUUCCGAUUGUCUGGUUGUGGUUUUUCUCCCGCCGAUAAAGCUCUGCUGGCAUAUCAGAUGGGGUUGGGUUUUGGUAGGAUGGUGUGUAGGAAAAGAUGGGGAGAGUUAAUGCAGAUGGUCUCCGUUAUCGGUGUGGAGAACGCCCAAACGCUCUUAAGAAUAUUAAAAAGGCUAUAAGCAAAGAAAACCAGAAAAAGUCAAGUAAGAAGGCAGUGAAAGGAAAAGCUUGGAAGGGUGUAACAUGCCCUGUCUGUCUUGAGAUCCCUCACCACUCGGUUGUCCUCCUUUGCUCAUCUUACCAUAAAGGUUGUCGUCCGUACAUGUGUGCCACAGGAAACCGGUUCUCAAAUUGUCUAGAGCAGUACAAAAAAGCGUAUGCUAAGGAUGCCAAAAGCGGUAAACCUGCAGAGCUAUUGUGCCCGCUUUGUCGGGGCCAGGUGAAAGGUUGGACUGUGGUGAAAGAUGCGCGAAAGUAUCUGAAUUCGAAGAAAAGGGCUUGCAUGAAAGACGAAUGUUUGUUUUCCGGAAGCUACAGACAGCUCAAGAAACAUGUUAAGGAGGUUCACCCGAGAGCUAAACCAAGAGCCAUUGAUCCUGUGAUGGAGGAGAAAUGGAAGAAGUUUGAAGUUGAGAGGGAGAGGAGUGAUGUAAUUAGCACAGUGAUGUCGUCAACACCCGGAGCUAUGGUUUUCGGAGACUAUGUUAUUGAGCCUUACAACGAUGAUUAUGAUGAUGAUGAUGACCUGGAUUCGGAUGAUUCUUCGGAAGAUGGGUACUUGGAUCUGGGAUCGCUAGGAGCCUUUGGAAUAAGCCGUCUUCAACCGCGUUCUGCUACAGCCAUGACGAGCAGGGGACGUCCCAAUUACUUGAUGAGCCACAACCGAUACCAACGCAGGGGUGGGAUCAGAAGGCGGUAAAUGCAAGAUUGAUGAUUUGAUGUUUGAAAGGUAGGACCAAAAAUAAAAGAUUUGAGCUUUAUGAAGGGUUGGCGUUUUUAGCAGUUUUGGGUUCCCGGUUUGAAGAUUGAGAGUAGUGUUGUUCCCUCAACCUUUGGUUUUAUAGAACCUUUCCUUUGCUUGCUUUCAUUUGAAAAAUAUCUGUAGUGGCUUGUGUCUCUAGCACUUUCAUUUUCUUAACAAUUGGAUUUAAAAAUAGAAAAAUUCUUUAGGAUAUCACUUGAAAGGUUUUUCUAUCAUUAAUAUAGCAUCGAUCAAAA